AUGAAAUCAGUGCACUCUGUACCCAAGCAUUUUGAUAAUCUGGUCUAUUUGGACGACUAUAUUGAUACAAUUGAGGCAGUGCCAUUAGACCUGCAAAGGAAUUUUACGCUGAUGAGAGAAUUGGAUGGUUAUGCACAAGAACUCAUAGACACAGUAUCAAAAGACGCAAUCGAACUCAUUGACAACAUCAAAGAUAUGGACCCUAAUUUACGCCUCGACAAGCUAAAGAACCUUAGCAAUGUUUUAACAGAGACAUUGAAGCGAGGCGAAGAGAAAGUAGCAUUAGCAAAGUCCACCUACGAUGCAGUUGAUCGUCAUUGCAAUCGCUUAGACGCUGACCUGGUCAAGUUUGAGGAGGAUCAGAUAGUGGGCGAUAGUCGAAUUACAACAUUGCCUGGUUUACAACCAUCAGCACGUAGUCUGAAGGAAGGUGCAGAUGUGAGGGAAAGGGCCACCAAGAGACUCGAAAGAGAGAGAAAAGAUCCCAAGGGAGAAAAGAAGAUUGUUAAAAAGAGAAAAACUGCCAAAGAUCCCAACAAUGCCGCCAAUGGAGGCGCCCCUCCUUCGCCAGCUGUUCGUGCUCAGGCUUUGAAAGAAUCCAAAUCACUCAAAAACCUUGAAAAAGAAAAGACGAAAAGCACCUACAAUACCAGUAAAAACAGCAAUGGCAAGCCCAAGACAGUUGUGCCAGCAGAUUUACCCAUUGAUCCCAACGAACCUCUCUACUGUUACUGUCAGCAAGUGUCGUAUGGCGAGAUGGUUGCUUGUGAUAAUACGGAUUGUGAAAUUGAAUGGUUCCAUUUGGCUUGCGUAGACCUCAAGACUGUGCCAAAAGGAAAGUGGUAUUGCAGCAAUUGUUUGCUAAAGAUGAGAGGCCGACACAAGAAAUGA